AUGGAAUGGAGUUCGAGUAAUGUCAAUAACCAAUAUUACUUGUAUGGACAUUUUGCUGAGAUCCAAGAGUUGCAGACCAACGAUACAAGGGAAUUUAACAUGUUUUGGAAUAGACAAGUCAUCGCCGACCCUUUAAUACCUCCAAAAUUCACUAUUUAUACUAUCUUUAGCCAGUCACCAAGUACUUGUGAAGGAGGAAAAUGCAGUUUUCAGCUGAGAAGAACCAACAGAUCAACUCUUCCACCUUUGCUUAACGCUUUUGAGGUCUACACAGUUAUCCAGUUUCCGCAGAUCGAAACAAAUGAAAACGACGUGGUUGCUGUCCAAAACAUCAAAACCACCUAUGAAAUUAGUAGAAAUAGCUGGCAAGGAGAUCCAUGUGUCCCUCGGCAGUUUAUGUGGGAGGGAUUAAACUGCAGUGACACUGAUAUGUCUACACGACCAAGAAUCACUUCUUUGUAA